AUGGAUAUCAGAAAUUAUACGUGGGUUGAUUCAUUUGAAGUAACAAGUGCAAAUGUAACGACAAAUACUGACCCAUCAAAAUCACAAUCAUCGCCAACUGCUUCCAUAAUUGUUGUUACAAAUAACGCUAAUAGUGAAUUGGUUGAAAUGAAAAUUAUAAUUGCAUCAAUUGGAGGAACUGUGGGCGCCGUUAUAAUUAUUGCAUGUGGAUUUUUAUUUUAUAGAUGGAAUAAAAAUAGGAAUGGACAAUCUUUUAUAAAUGAGGAACAUAUUUUACCUGGAAAUAUCGUUGAAGUUAAUC